AUGAACGGGGAAGAGAUGCCUCCCGAUGCCUUGCAGGAUAUGAACGAGCACUGGCUCCUUGAGUUCGUCGACUUUGACGCAUUUGACCACAUGGACAACCAUUUCGGGCCGCCCAAGCCUGAAGAUUCCCAGGUCACAGCCACGGACAACACCACAAACAACGCCGUGGACGACGCCGUGGACAACACCUCGGCUGAUACUCUCGGCCCCGAGGAAGUGACUGGACAGACCUCGGAUGAAAAGAAACUCUCCGAGCGUGCCUUGUCUGAACUUGACAAUGAACCUCAUGCCGAGAUGAGCUCAGAGGCCAAUGUGCCUCUUGUCCCAGAUGACGUCGAGAUGGGCCUCCAGGGCAUUCAGCCUCGUGCUGCAAACCAGGUCAAGGAGGGUCUCAAGGACAUUCAGCCCCGUGCUCCGAACCAGAUCAAGGAGGCUCCCAGGAACAUUCAGCCUUGUGCUUCAAACCAAACCAAGGAGGCUCCCAAGGACAUCCAGCCCCGUGCGCCAAAGCAGGUCAAGGAGGCUCUCAAGGCCGGUCAGCCUCGUGCGCCAAAACAGGUCAAGAGGGCUCCCAAGGUCAAGCAGCCUCGUGUGCCAAAGCAGGUCAAGAGGGCUCCCAAGGUCAAUCAGCCUCGUGCUCCAAACCACGUCGAGACGAACCUUGAGUUCGCGAACCGAGGCUCUGAGCAAUUUGAGAUGAUGCAAAAGGCUGCAAUGCCAGCAUUCGACGUUUUCAACCCAGCUUGGCGUCAGAUAACUUCCCAGGAGUCCCAGUCAAUGCCUUUGAUGCAGAAUGCGGGAAUGCCAGUUGGCGCCUGCGGCUUCGACUCAACCAAUCACACCUCCCAUCAGACGGGCCUCCUCCAGUUGGCGCAACCGUUGCAGAAUGCGGGAGAUUUCGAUUUCAACUGGAUGAAUCAACCACCGCUCCCGACAAACUCUCUGUCGGCGCCUUGGAUGCAAAAUGCGGGGAUGCCAGUUGGGGAUUCUGGCUUCGGCAUGAUCAAUCAGCCCUCGCACCAGACGAAUUUGCAGUCAGCGAACCAGAUGCAGAAUUCCGGGAUGCCAGUGGAAGCUUUCGGGUUCAACAACAACCAGCUCUCGCACCAGGCGAAUUUCCAGGUGAAUUUCCAGGCCAAUUUCCAGCCGAACUUCCAGCCAGACUUGCAGGCGGAAUUCCUGGCCAACUUCCAGCCGAACUUUCAGCCAGACUUGCAGGCGAAUGUCCAGGGGAACUUCCAGCUAGCACCUGUCCGACCUAAUCUUCCCACGCCACAGGCACAGGUCUCGCGCUCCCACGGCAAGCCCGGGCCCGCGGGAAAAAAAACUCUUCCCAAGGCCAUCAAUCCUAAUGUUCAGAGCAGCACCGCACAAAACGAGGGCGAUCUCGAGAUGCGGGGCAAGCGCAAGGUGUCGGGCGAGGAGGAAGAGCCACGUCGCGUAUCAGCGAGCAAGGACGCCUGCGAACCGGUGACCAAUGUGGGAAACGCUCCCAAAAGGAACAAACCAGCCCACUACACACUCACCGGGGAUACUUACAUUAGAUCCUUUCGGGGCAAUAGCAUGACUUCUUAUCGCUGCUCGGACGGCUUCGCCCGCAUCCUGACGGACGCAAGCCUCGAGCAGGCUAUUGCCCGCACUGCAGCGAAGUAUACUUGCAACAAUGCGCAGGCUCUUUCAGGCGGCCGGGCUAAGCAUCAUUGA